UGUCGCCCACCUUUUCCAAUUGUCUGUCUUACUCCAUACUAUCUAGACACAAGUGUUGUGAUUUAUAACAUUUGUCGAUCAAUACCUCCAACCAAGUUUUGCACUUGUUCAUAGUGGGGGGUUGACUUUGAUAAUCAAGGCUUCACCAAUAAGCACGCAUACUAACUAUUCAACGACAGUGAUAAGGACGACGAAGCCGUGAUACCCGUCAUCACUAUAAACCCUUCCCUUAAUUUGUUGACUGCCCGCUACAGGUUUAUACGUUCUUUUCCUGCUUCACAUCGGUCUUUUAUUCGUCAUGGCUGAAACCCUAUCCUAUUCGGAGCACAAAUAUGGCCAAGCCCAUGAUCUGCAGACUCUUGGCAUUUGGGACUUUCCAACCAAGGAAGGCAACACAAGUACCACCGCUGACGGAAAAUACUGGAUAGUCUUCAUCCACGGCGGCGCCUGGCGCGACCCCAACGUGGACCUGCACAGCCUGGAGCCCACCAUCUCCAGGCUCCUGGCCGAUGAGCACCGGGACUUUACAGCCUCGCACAUCGCCGGCUUCGCCUCGAUCAACUACCGCCUCUCCCCACACGCCAACUUUCCCCAGGACCCGGCAGCCACCCCGGCCAAUGAGCUCCGCGCUGCCCAGCACCCGGAGCACAUCCAGGACGCCGUGGCCGCCAUGACCCUGUUGCACACCCUCCGACCGCUCAACCAGAGCGGCGGCUACGUGCUGGCGGGCCACUCGUGCGGCGCAACCAUGUCGUACCAGCUGCUGCUGGGGGCGCAGGCCAGCGUGCCGCAGCCGUCGGCGCUGCGUUUCCCGCUCCCGACCGCCAUCGUCGGCUUCCAGGGCAUCUACGACCUCAACGGGCUGGACCGGCGCAAGGACGGCAGCUACACGGGGUUCAUGGCGGCCGCGUUUGGCGACGACCGCGCCGCCUGGGACGCCGUCAGCCCGGCGCUGUUCCGCGGCUACGCCGACGCGUGGUCCGGAGUGACGAAGCGCCUCGGCGUUGUCGCCCACUCGCCCGAGGACGCCCUGGUCGACAUGGACGAGGCCGUCGCCAUGGACCGGGCCCUGCGCGAGAGCGGCGUUCCCGUCUUGUUCUUCAGGGACCUCGCCGGCGACCACGACGUCGUCAGGGAGGAGGGAGUGCACACCGCGAGGGUGUUGAUCAAGACCAUUGAGGCUCUGCAGUCUUAA